AUGCGUAGGGUCAGAAGCCAGGACAGACUUCAAGGUUUUGACCCCAAACCUGAGAGAACAUUUCACAGGAGGUUGAGGGAAGCAAGGGAUACAAAUAAUCUUCAGGCACUUGUUCAAUUUCUUGUGAACAUGGCAGAGGAGCAACAUAUGCUACUACGUGUGAAUGGACAGUUUAUGGGUCUUCCACAUGAGGAUCCACAACAGCACAUCCUGGACUUCUUAGAGAUUAGUGAUACUAAUAUCACCAACGGAGUCACUCCAGACUAUGUGAGGCUCACACUUUUCCCGUUCUCUCUAUUGGGCGAAGCAAAGCGAUGGCAAAACUGCAAAGAUCAGAGUGAGAUAGUCACCUUCAAACAGAAAACGGGGGAGUCUUUAUACUCAGCUUGGGAGAGGUUUAAGGGGCUGCUCAGAGACUACCCUCAUCACAAUCAGACAAACGAAGUGUUAGCUCACACUUUCAUAGAAGGGCUACAUCCUGAGACAAAGAUUGUGGUGGAUGUUGCAGUUGGAGGUCAAGUGUUGGAGAAAAGCUUUGAUGAGAUAUAUGCGUUAUUGAACAAAUUCUCCAAAAGCAAUCCUGAUUGGCAAGGAGAGAUGGGCAGACACACAGUGCAAAAAUCUACAGGGGUUCAAUUAUUUUGUGAAGUAUGUGGAGAGGGUCAUACAAUCGACUUAUGCCCAGUUAAUCCACAGUCUGUCUGUUUUGUGGGUAAUACAAAUAGGGGCCAGACAAACCAGUAUGGGAACACUUACAAUCCCAAUUGGAGGAAUCACCCAAACUUCUCUUGGGGUGGAAACCAAGGUGCUCAGAAUCAAUACAGGCCUCAAGCACCUCAACAACAAUAUAGACCACCUCAGGUUGAACAACAUGCAAACUCAAUGAGUCACCUUAAGGAGAUGAUGAAAAAACUAAUGGCUGAUCAGCAGGCCCAAGCAGCGGUAAUGAGAAAUUUGGAGCGACAAAUGGGACAACUUGCCAGUGCCCAAAAUACUCGACCAGUUGGAGCUCUUCCAAGAGACACUGAGGCUAAGCCUAAGCCAACCACUAUUGAGUCGGAAUCUGAAAAAUCAAAGGAGUUAGAGAAGCCAGUUGAAGAGGCGGUGGCUAAGCAAACUCCACCAUUAGUUGCGAGGCCACCACCUCUGUUCCCUCAAAGAUUGCAGAAAGUGAAGGAUAAUGUCGCGUAUAAAAUGUUUCAUGAUAUUUUGAAGCAAGUGCAAAUCAAUAUUCCACUAGUAGACCUCCUGCAAAAAGUGCCCAAAUAUGCAAAAUACAUCAAGGACAUAGUGGCAACUAAAAGGAGGUUGACUGAAUUCGAGACUAUGGCACUCAAUGAGAAAUGUAGCUCUAGAAUCCAAAGCAAGCUACCUCAGAAAUUGAAGGAUACGGGUAGUUUCACUAUCCAAAUCUCGAUUGGUAAGCAUGCAGUCGGGCGAGCUUUGUGUGAUCUUGGAGCGAGCAUCAAUUUGAUGUCGCUAUUUGUGUUCAGACAGUUGGGGUUGGGUGAGCCACACCCAACAACGGUAAUCUUACAGUUAGCUGAUCGCUCCCUUGCUCAUCCCGAAGGAGAAGUCCCAUUUAUUUUUGGGCGUCCAUUCUUAGCCACGGGCCGAGCUAUUAUUUAUGUAUGUGAAGGAAAGAUGACGAUGAGAGUUGGUGAUCGAGUGGUGGUAUUCAAUGUGUAUAAAGCACUAAGAUUGCCAGCCCAUUAUGAAGAGUUAUCUAUGAUUUCUGUGGUGAAAAGUGAUGCUACGUCAUUGGUGCCUUAUAUGAGCCCCGUAGAUCCUCUUGAACGAGCUUUGAUUGGGGAUGAAGAAGAUAGUGAAGAUGAGAUGAUGGGAAAAAUUGAGCAAGUACUUGACAUGUCUUGCAGUUAUGUCCAUGGGUUUGGGAGAUUUGAGGAGUUGGACAGGCCUGUCACUCUGACCCCUCCUAAGAUAUCUAUUGAAGAAACUCCAAAGCUAGAACUUAAGCCCCUUCCAGUGCAUCUACGCUAUGCUUAUUUGGGGAACUCUGAGACAUUGCCACUGAUUAUUUCAUCCAGCUUGACUAAUAUACAAGAAGAAAAACUGCUCAGAGUACUUCGCAAACAUAAAAAGGCUAUUGGGUGGACAAUUGCUGACAUCAAGGGAAUCAGUCCAUUAUUUUGCAUGCGUAAAAUCUUUCUGGAAGAUGGACACUGCCCCAGUGUUGAGCAGCAAAGGAGAUUAAAUUCCAUUAUGAAAGAGGUCAUGAAGAAGGAACAACUGGGUAAGCCCAAUGCAAUGUGUGCCCAAAAAGGGGGGAUGACUGUGGCAGAGAAUGAAAAAAAUGAGUUAAUUCCUACUCGCACUGUAACGGGGUGGAGAGUUUGCAUUGAUUACAGAAGGCUCAACAAAGCAACCCGCAAGGACCAUUUCCCACUUCCAUUCAUUGAUCAAAUGUUGGACAGAUUGGCGGGGCAUGAAUAUUAUUGCUUUCUUGAUGGUUAUUCGGGGUUUCUUGAAAAAGACGUAACUUUCAAUUUUGAUGAUGCCUGCCUAAAGGUAUUUGAAGAGCUCAAAAAGAAGUUGGUGGCUUCCCCCAUUAUUGCGGCACCAGAUUGGUCCUUACCAUUUGAACUUAUGUGUGACGAAAGUGACCAUGCUAUUGGGGCAGUGCUAGGCCAAAGGAAAGACAAGGUGUUUUAUUCCAUCUACUAUGCGAGUAAGACUCUUGAUGAUACACAGCUGAAUUACACCACCACUGAAAAGGAGUUGAUAGCCGUUGUGUGGGCCUUUGAAAAAUUUCGGGCAUACUUGGUGGGAACAAAAGUCAUAGUCCAUACCGAUCAUGCAGCAAUCGGGUAUCUAUUUUCAAAAAAGGUAUCUAAGGCUAGAUUGAUGCGUUUGGUUUUGUUGUUGCAAGAAUUUGAUGUAGAAAUACGAGAUCGAAAGGGCAUAGAGAACCAAGUAGCUGACCACCCUUCCCCAUGGUACGCGAACUAUGUGAACUAUCUUGUGAUUGGGGUACUUCUGCCUAAAAUUGAAUUUGAAGCUAGAAAGAGGUUUUUACAUGAUGUGAACUUCUACUACUGGGAUGAGCCAUACUUGUACAAGCAGUGUGCUGAUCAGUUGAUGAGGAGAUGCAUUCCAGAAAAGAAGGAUGCCCAUGCAUUUGUAAAGAAGUGUGACCGGUGUCAAAGAACAGGAACAAUCACAAAGAGGCAUGAGAUGCCUUUGAAUAAUAUCUUGGAGGUCGAGAUUUUUGAUGUGUGGGGGAUAGAUUUUAUGGGACCAUUCCCAUUGUCCAGAGGAAACAAAUGCAUCUUGCUAGUAGUUGACUACGUGUCAAAAUGGGUAGAGGCGAUUUCAUUGCCAACAAAUAAUGCCAUGGUGGUAGCUGCGCUUGUGAAAAGGAGCAUAUUCUCGAGGUUUGGGACUCCACAUGCCUUGAUUAGUGAUGAAGGGACACAUUUUUGCAAUAGGUUGUUGAAUAACCUUAUAGCUAAAUAUGGAGUCCGUCAUAGAGUUGCUACGACAUAUCAUCACCAAGCAAGUGGAAAAGCUGAGGUGUCUAACAGAGAAAUAAAUCAAAUCUUAGAGAAGACAGUGAGUGUGAAUAGGAAGGAUUGGGCUGCAAAGUUAGAUGAUGUCUUGUGGGCGUAUAGAACUACAUACAAAAUGCCAAUUGGGGCAUCGUCGUAUAAGCUCGUUUAUGGGAAAGCAUGUCACUUGCAUGUUGAACUUGAACACAAAGCGUACUAG